GGUUGAUGGUGGUCAGGUAUGAUCGCGUCGCCUAGGUAUUGUGACUGUCGCUGAGAUUCGGUACGGAUCGCUGGGAGGUGUCUCUACUGUCGGUAUUUAAUCGAUCGUGCUUGAUGCUCUCGGUCCCCAGACUAGCGCAAUGGGCAGCGUUGGGUACCGUAGGGCUGGGUUAUGUUCGUUCGGCGAGGCUGGGCAGGAUGCAAUCGCCUAUGCGCGUGCGGCAAUCGCGUCGAUUAAUUAGGUAUUUUGUGUCGAGGGCGAAGGAGGGCUCGUUUCGUCUCGUCGGGUACCAGAGAGUUCGUCCUAUUAUUGGGGGGGGGCAGGGACGGAAGCAGGAACGGCUUUCUGAGCGCCUUGCAGUCAGGUAGAACUCGACCUAACGCCUGCACGGUACCCAAGGCAAGGUAAGGGUGGUUGCGACGACGGAUCGAAUG